AUGGAGGACCAAGGUAAUUCAAAUACCAAGGUAACAAAGAGGACAUUCGCCAGUGAUCGACAAUCUUAUAAACAACCUAAUGAAAUUAUUGAUCCAGAUACAUGGUAUGAAAUCGGAAAGAAUAACGUUGGAGAUUACAAUGUUGAAGAUGUGCGUCAGAUUAGUUUUCUUGAUAUGGAAGCUUGCUACGAGUUUUACAAGAUGUAUGCAAGGGCUAAAGGCUUUGACGUACGGAUAAAAACUCCUACACUAAGCAAAACUGAUCAAGUUCCAAUAACAUUAACCCUCCUAUGCAAUAGGGAGGGGGAGAGGGCUAAAAAAAAGGGGGAAAGUAAAGAUGAGGAAGUUGAAAGGCAAAGGGAACCAAAGCCAGAAACAAAAUGUAACUGCAAAGCAAAAAUAGUCUUCUCUUAUGAUAAAGGCAUGAAAGUAUGGAAGAUGACGCAAUUUUGGGAGGAUCAUAAUCACAAAAUGGUCGAUCCAAUACACAUGCCUUUUAUGAGAAGUCACAAGGAACACCCAGAUAAGCAUGAAGAAGAAAUAGAGCAAAUGCGUUUAGCAGGGACUCCUACUUGUGGAAUUUACCGAAAUUUAGUUGCGAUCCAUGGUACUCAUGAAGUUCUUGGAUAUAGUCGUAAAUCCCUGUAUAAUUACUGUGAGUUUCUAAGAAAGAAAGAGGGGGGAGAUAAAGAUGCAGAAACUGUCAUGGCGUAUUUACUUGGAAAGCAGCAAAAUAACCCGUCUUUUUUCGUAGAGUACACUCAAGAUGAACAUGAACGUUUAGAUAAACUUUUUUGGUGUGAUGGACAGUCAAGGAAUGACUACAAAGCAUUUGGACACGUCCUAGCAUUUGACACUACUUAUAAAUGCAAUGCCUGCAGGAAGCCCUUUGUGGUACUUGUUGGGGUUAAUCAAAACAGAAAGACAGUAGUCUUUGGAUGUGCUUUGAUUGUGGAUGAGAAAACGGAGUCCUUCGUUUGGGUGUUGAACCAAAUGAUUAAAGCUGGAGAAGGUUUCAAACCACUUACUGUCAUUACAGACGGGGAUAGGGCAAUGGCAUGUGCAAUCAAGGAGGUGCUUCCACAAGCAAGGCAUAGACUAUGCUUGUGGCAUCUCAUGAGGAACAUACAAGGCCACAGUCAGAAUGGUUUUUCAAGUGGAUUCAUGACAUGUGUCAACAAGUGUCAUACAAUAGAAGAUUUUGAAGUGGCUUGGAAGGAGCUAAUAACUCAUCACAAGGUAGAGGGAGAGAAAUGGGUGGAAGAACUUUACGACUCAAGGGAAAAGUGGUCGGAAGCACACAUGCGAGGAUAUUUUUUCGGAGGGUUAUAUGAGAUAAUUACCCGUAUGAAUUUUCCUAUUGAUGUAUUGUCUAAUUUUUUUCUUCUUUUUUUGGUUUAUUUUCCCUUUAGGAAUGAGAAGCACCUAGAGAUAUUUGAUGAUAGGGAAGAUGAGUACAAGAACAUUCACGAAUUUCCACAUGUCCCAAAGGGAGAUUGUUUUCGUGACCUCCAAAUUGCAGCAGCAAAUGUCUACACAAAGGCAUCUUUUAUGGUUGUAAAGAGAUAG